AUGGCUUAUUUUUCCGGCGAGGAUGAAGAAAUGCUGCAGGCGAUGCUGAAGCAUUUAUUCCAGAGCCUGAAGGAGAAAAUCACCGGUGCACCCUCCCUGGAGUGCGCUGAGGAGAUCCUCUUACGUCUGGAGGAGACUGAUGAAAAUUUUCACAACUACGAAUUUGUGAAGUACCUUAGGAAGCAUAUAUGUAGCACCUGGGGGUCUAUGAUUGAAGAAGAAAUGGAAAAAUGGACAUCUGGUCAAAAACAAGGUGAAGAGUCUGGCUAUGACACAAUUGUACAGCAGGUUACUAAAAGAACUCAGGAAUCUAAAGAGUACAAAGAAAUGAUGCAUUCCCUAAAGAAUGUCAUGAUGGCUGUGGUGGAAUCCAUGAUUAACAAGUUUGAAGAAGAUGACAUACGAGGUCAGGACAGACAGAGAAGAAUCCACAAGGAGGAAAGCAACAGUUACUGUACAGACAAUUGUUCUGAUAGUGAUUCAUCAUUCAAUCAGAGUUACAAAUUUUGUCAAGGAAAAUUACAGUUGAUUUUAGACCAGUUGGAUCCUGGGCAACCUAAAGAGGUGAGAUAUGAAGCCUUGCAAAUAUUAUGUUCGACGCCGCCAUCUGAUGUACUGAACUGUGAAAAUUGGACCACUCUCUGUGAAAAGCUGACAAUGUCUCUUUCAGAUCCUGAUCCUGUGUUUAGUGAUCGAAUUUUGAAAUUCUAUGCACAGACAUUUACACUUUCCCCAUUACAUAUAACAAGGGAAAUUUAUACAAGCUUAGCUAAAAAUUUGGAGUUACACUUUCUUUCUAGAGAAAAUCAUAUUCCUGCUCUUUCAACUGGCAUAGAUAUAAAUAAUCCUCAUGUAUAUUGUUUACUUAAAAAGGUUCGUCUUUUAAAUGAAUAUCAGAAGGAGGUUUCAUCUUUCUGGAUUCGUCACCCUGAGAAGUAUAUGGAAGAAAUUGUGGAGAGUACUUUGUCUUUGCUAUCCAUUAAACAUGAUCAAAGCUAUCUUGUCUCACAAAAGAGUUUGGAUCCAAUCUAUUUUCUUGCAUUAGUUGAUACUGAAGCUGUGUGGUUCAAAAAAUGGAUGCAUGCAUAUUACAGCAGAACUGUAGUACUAAGACUACUUGAAAAGAAGUAUAAAUCUUUGAUAACUGCAGCUGUUCAGCAGUGCUUGCAGUACUUUGAAUGUUGUGAUACCAUGAAGACAGAUGAAGUUUUGGGACCUUCAAGACAUUGUGGGAAUAAGCAGAAAAAAUUUUGCUACACAGGACAAGAGUUACAAUAUAUAUAUUUCAUCCACUCAUUGUGCUUUUUAGGAAGAUUAUUGAUUUAUACUCAGGGCAGAAAGCUGUUUCCUAUAAAGCUGAAGAAUAGAAAAGUAUCCCUUACAGAUCUGUUGGUUCUGUUUACCCAACUUAUCUAUUACUCACCAAGCUGUCCAAAGAUGACAUCAGAGAGUUAUUCUCCUGCUAGUAUGGUGACUGAAGUUCUUCGUAUAUUCUGUGAUCAUAAAGAAUGUGCAGUUGAAUGCUUAUAUAACAGCACUGUUAUUGACGCACUUCUUCAGCCUAUUAGUAAUUUAUUGAAAGGAACUAAGUCAUCUCAUAAUUGCUCUGAAACAGCCUUAAUUUGUCUAGCUGAUAUUUUAACAAGAAUUGCAUCUGUGGAAGAAGGACUUAACUUACUUCUUCAAAGUGAAAACGUGAAUUCUUCAGAUGCAGAAAGCCCUACAGGUGCCCAUAUAAUUGCCCAGUUCUCAAAGAGACUUCUUGAUGAAGAUAUUUCUAUAUUUUCUGGAUCAGAAAUGUCACCUAUGGUUAAAGGAGCCUUUAUUUCUGUCUGUCGCCAAAUUUAUGGUACAUGUGAAGGCUUGCAGGUGUUAAUUCCUUAUACUUUGCAUGAGUCUAUAGCAAAGGCAUGGAAAAAGACAAGUUUGCUAUCAGAACGAAUACCUACUCCAGUCGAUGGUUCCGAUUCAGUUUCUUUAGUAAGCCAGGAUUCUCAAAGCAUUGUGGCUUGGGAAGAAAAUUUGUUAGAUGAUUUACUAAAUUUUGCUGCCACUCCCAAAGGACUACUGCUUCUUCAAAGAACAGGUGCCAUCAAUGAAUGUGUGACAUUUAUGUUCAACCAAUAUGCAAAAAAAUUACAGGUUAAUAGGCAUAAAAAAUUUGAGUAUGGAAUUUUGGUUACACAAGUUGCAUCAACAUCAGCAGGGGCUAUAGCACUACAGAGUUCAGGGUUUAUUAAUGAACUUAUAUCUGAAUUAUGGGCUAAUCUAGAAUGUGGACGAGAUGAUGUGAGGGUAACUCAUCCCCAAACUACUCCAUUGGAUCCUAUUGACCGAUGUUGUCAAAAGUCUUUUCUAGCACUGGUGAACUUGUUAUCGUAUUCUGCUGUUUAUGAACUGGUAUGCAAUCAAGAUCUUCCUAACAAAACAGAGUAUUCCCUUCGUGAAGUUCCAACAUGCAUUAUUGAUAUUGUGGAUAGACUUGUAAUUUUGAAUUCUGAUGCCAAGAUUCGUUCUUUAUUCAACUAUGAACAAUCGCACAUCUUUGGUCUAAGGUUAUUAAGUGUUAUCUGCUGUAAUCUAGACUCUCUUCUCCUAUUAGAGGUUCAAUAUCAAGUAUCUGAAAUGUUACUAAAUGCUCAGGAAGAGAAUACAUUAGAUACCUCAGAGAAUCACAGGGAUUUUAUAAUUGAUGGAUUAUCAGUAGAAAGAAAUCACAUUCUUGUUAGACUUAAUCUUAUUGGUGGGCCUACAGAACGAAUUUUGCCUUCAAGGACACUAGAAAAGGGUGAUGAUCCAUAUCCUUGGCCAAUGUUUUCAUCAUAUCCUUUACCAAAUUGCUAUCUCUCUAAAGGAACAAGAAAUGCUGAAUUAGAACAAGACAAUGAUCUUGGAAAUUUUUUAUUGGACUACAAAAUGUCUGGUAAACAAACUGAGUGGACAGAAAGUUGUCGAAAACAGUUUUGCAAAAUGAUGAAAACCAAGCCUGAUAUAAUCAGUGGAGGUGUUUUAAUAGAAUUACUUGAAAAAUUCAUGCUGCAUCUCUCUGAAAGCCCAAGUGACUGCUUCUUUCCCUUAGUGGAAUACACAGCUAUUGAUGCAAAUGUGAAGAAUGAUACUCUUUCAUCUGUGCAGCAACUUGGCAUUAACAUGACUGUCAGGUAUGGCAAGUUCCUCAACAUACUAACAGACAGUGCAGAAAAUGAUCUGACCUUAAUUUUAAAGCACUGUGAGAGAUUCUUAAAACAGCAACAAGUUCCGGUGAAAUCUUCACUUCUCUGUCUCCAAGGAAGUUAUCCUGGCCAUGACUGGUUUGUGUCCACUUUGUUCAUGAUAAUGCUGGGGGACAAAGAGAAAACACUCAGAUUUCUUCAGCAGUUCUCCAGGCUUCUAACUUCUGCUUUUCUUUGGUUGCCAAGACUACAUAUUUCUAGAUACCUACCUCCUGAUACUAUAAAUACUGGCAUCCACCCUGUAUACUUUUGCAGCACUCAUUAUAUUGAAAUGCUACUAAAGGCAGAAGUGCCACUUGUAUUUUCAGCUUUUCACAUGUCUGGUUUUGCACCAUCACAGAUUUGCCUGCAAUGGAUAACUCAGUGUUUUUGGAAUUACUUAGAUUGGAUAGAAAUAUGCCAUUAUAUUGCUACUUGUGUUUUCCUUGGACCUGAUUAUCAAGUAUACAUCUGUAUAGCUCUAUUCAAACAUCUACAGCAAGAAAUUUUACAGCACACUCAGACUCAAGAUCUUCAGGUUUUCCUAAAAGAAGAAGCUGUGCAUGGAUUUCGAGUGAGUGACUACUUUGAAUUCAUGGAAAUUUUGGAGCAAAACUACCGACUACUACUGAAAGACAUGAGGAACAUUAAAGUGCCAAAGUAUAUUGCUCUUCAACCAAUGGUCAGGAUCAGUACCAAUGCUGUAGAUGUAGAAAGGUUGAAUACCAUUUUGGUUAUACCUGUUACACUGUGUAUCAGAAUGCAGGACCUCUGCAGUUCUAGAAGUGGGAAAAGGCUGAAGAACGAAAGGCAGUGA